AUGCAAAUACAACAGGAGCAGCUAGUUGAACCUGAGAAAACAAGUGAAUGCCAAAAGUCGACUGAUUCUUUUGAACGAGUGGAUCUUAAUGGAGAACAAAAUAAUGGAGAGUUAAUGGAUGAAGAAGAAAUCGAAUAUGAAGAAGUUGAAGAAGAGGAGGAGUUAACUGAAGAGGAAGAACCAGAAGAAGAAGUUGAAAAACAAGAGGAGGAAGAGGCUGACAUUGCUAAUGGUGGUGAAACUAAAACAGGGCUCAUUGCCAAUGCAUCGAAAGUUGAGAAUGAGGAUGAGAGUCAAAAGCACGUUGAACUUCUUGACCUUCCUCCUCAUGGUUCAGAAGUAUGUAUUGGUGGAAUUUCUCAAGAUACUACAGAGGAAGACUUAAGAGGUUUUUGUGAGUCUAUUGGGGAAGUGGCCGAGGUCCGAAUAAUGAAAGGCAAAGAUUCUGGCGAGAACAAGGGCUUUGCUUUUGUGACCUUUAAAAAUGUUGAGUUUGCAUCUGAAGCCACCGAAAAGCUGAACAAGGCUGAGUUAAAGGGGAAAAAGAUAAAAUGUUCUUCAUCUCAAGCGAAGCACCGGCUGUUUAUUGGUAAUAUUCCUAAGAGCUGGAGCGAUGAAGACUUGAAGACAGCAGUCACAGAAGCUGGGCCUGGUGUUAUUUCUGUGCAACUGGUUAAGGACACACACACCUCUAAUAAAAAUAAGGGAUUUGCCUUUAUAGAGUACUAUAAUCAAGCGUGUGCAGAGUACUCAAGGCAGAAAAUGACAAAUCCAAAAUUUAAGCUCGAGAAUAACGCUCCCACUGUGAGCUGGGCUGAUCCUAAAAGUUCUGAUUCCGCAGCUGCUUCGCAGGUUAAGGCAGUGUAUGUAAAGAAUCUUCCAAAGGAAAUAAAUCAAGAUCAGCUUAAGAAGAUUUUUGAACGUGACGGGAAGAUCUCAAAAGUGGUCCUACCACCAGCAAAGCCUGGAAUGGAAAAUAAUAGAAUUGGUUUUGUGCAUUUCUUUGAUAGGUCUAGUGCUAUGAAAGCACUGAAAAACACUGAAAAAUAUGAAAUAGAUGGGAAAGUACUCGAGUGUUCACUUGCUAAGCCACAGGCAGAGCUGAAGUCCCAUGGAGGAUCAAACAUAAAAAUGCCAGGCCUGCUUUCAACUUAUUCACCUGCUGUUGGUUUUGGUUUCGCGGGUGGAGCUUAUGGCGCUAUUGGUAGUGGUUUUGGUGCAACUGGUUUUGCACAGCCUAUGGUCUAUGGAGGAGGAUCGACCCCUAUUGGCAUGGCCAUGAUGCCUAUGCUUCUACCUGAUGGACAGAUUGGAUAUGUCUUACAACAGCCGUGCUCGCAAACGCGUACCCCUCCAACACCUAAAGGCAGUAGCAGGAGUGGUAAUAGAAGUGACAGCAGCUCCAACAGGGGGAGAUACAGCAAUGACGGUGGACAGGGGCGUCGGUAUCGCCCCUAUUAA